UCCCAGUCGCUAAAUCGCGGCCAAGCGCUUUCAACGGCGGACGUGAGCAACAUGUGGUGACAUCGGGGUGCCUCUGGUAAAGGAACUGCUGUUGGUUGUGCUAACUGCGCCAUGGGCAACAAAUUGAGCUGUUCGUGUGCUCCAUUGAUGCGCAAGGCUUAUCGCUAUGAGGACUCUCCCUGGCAGAGUUCACGUCGUCGCGAUGGACAUCUAUUGAGUUCGUUCAGGUUGUGGGCUGAGGUCUUUCAUGUAUCGGCAAGUGGCGCCGGCACCGUCAAGUGGCAACAAGUGUCCGAAGAUUUGGUUCCUGUCAACAUCACAUGCAUUCAGGACUCGCCCGAGUGCAUUUUUCACAUCACCGCCUACAACAGUCAGGUGGAUAAAAUACUCGAUGUGCGACUUGUGCAGCCAGGCACUCGAAUUGGCCAGGCAUCGGAAUGCUUUGUCUACUGGAAGGAUCCCAUGACUAACGAUACUUGGGGAUUGAAUUUUACAUCGCCCAUCGAUGCCAAACAGUUUCGAGAAUGCUGUUCGCCUUCUUUCAAAUUUUCACGAAAGGCCUCGUCGAGCUACUCCCUGAAAUUGGAUCCGCCGGGCAAGGGCAAGGUCAAGGCCAAACGAAAGCCGCUCAGCACACCGGCGUCGCCGUCGCGCGUCCGCCAAGAGCCACAAUGCACCUGCAUGUCCGCCGAGCAGUAUGCGCGCCUGAGAACCGAUCCACGUGUUAGAGGUUCAUCAACAUUGCCGCGUAAUGUCGGUUCACACAGAAUCACCGAUGUCGAUGGCCAGCAGCAGGGCAAGGUUGUAAGCGCCGUGAGCAGCACCUCACUCUAUGAUAAUGUCGCCAGCGGUGGCCCAACUCAAGGAGGCGAUACCCUACAACGCCAGCUCAAGGGACAGGAUGGCGCGAUGGUGGCCAACGCGGGUGUAAAUACGAAUACGCCCGGCGUGAUUGUGACUGGAGUGGGCAGCGGCUCGGACAUGUGCACUCAGAAUCAUGUGGGCUCCCAGGUGGGACCCGACGAUGGCGGAGCCUGUCAAAUGGACAUGGAUCUGUCAAAGAGCGAGGGCACUCAGGUGGGCGGGGGAUUGCAUCAGAGUGUUGGCACCUCCACCAAAUCAACCGGUACACGCAGCAAGGAUUUCAAUGAUGAUAUGACACGCGAUGCGCAUUCGCACGACAUGCACCACCAGCACAACGUAAUCAACAAUAACACACGACGCAAGACGAAGAGCACCGAGGACAUGAAUGUCGAUACGAGCACAUUGAAGCGCAUGCUAAAACCGAUGCCCAGCACCGAGAGCCCCGUCACCUCGCCGGAGAUGGGACGGCGGCGUUACAACUAUUACAAUGCGAAUGCGGCUCAGACAUUGGGCCCACAGCACAUGCAUCAACAUGCCAUGGCCAUGGGCAUGGGCCUCGGUGGGGGCAUGGGAGGCGGUGGCGGUGGCGGUGUUGGAGGUGGUCAUCAUGCCAUGAACAACAAUACAUUGGGACAACGCGGCAACGGCAGCGGCAGUCAGUCAUCGCGCUUCUCCGGCUCGAGAUCCUCGCAUGAAAUUGGACGUGGUUAUCCGCCACGUAAUCUCUAUUUGGAGCUGGAGCGAGAGCGGGAACGUAGCUGCAUUGAGGGAUCGCCGCCCUCGGACAACGUAAUGUUUGAUAAUCAAUGCUAUGCGACAACUCCAAGCUCCAGCAAUGGCAACUCUGAUCAGGAUCAAUCCUAUGGCCAACAGCAACAGCAGCCAUCACAACAACAGCAACAGAUGCAGCAACAGCAGCAACAGCAACAGCAACAACAUCAGCCGCAUCCACAACAACGUUCGUCACGGCAUCAACACCAUCAACAUCAACAGGCACCAAAUGUGACCCCAACACCUGGAAGUCCCACUUCCAGGUUGCUCAUGGAGUACGAGAUGCAUUUGAGAAAUACCCUAGCUAAGGGCAUGGAUGCAGAGUCCUAUAGUCUGCACACCUUUGAGGCUCUGCUCUCACAGAGCAUGGAAAAUCUGGAAUUCGCUGAAAGUCUACCAGGAUCAACACAGCGCAGUCCAUAUCCACUACGUAGGCCCAAUGCCAAAUCUUCGACUUUGCCGCUGCCCCCACAUCGCCCCUUAUCCACCAUAAGGGAUAAGGAACGUGAUCGUGAUAGGGAUGGUUAUUAUAGCGAUCGCAAUGAAUUGAUACGCGAAAGGGAACGUGAACGCGAUCGUGGCUAUUUAUCCGAUCAUAAUGCUAGUUUCUCCAAUUCACGUUGCGCCAGCUGCAUUGGCGAAUCGGCACGCGCUCAGUGGUUCCGUCACUCGGACGGUUGGCGCUCGGGCAGCUCGACAAUUGGCUCGGGUUCCGGACACGGCAUGAUGACCCAACAAGUUCCCGGCUCGGGACACAAGCGUUCGCCUUGGGAUUCGUUGCCAUCAUUGCGUCAAGACAGUAGCCUCAAUGAUUCUGGCUAUAAGAGCGCCAGGGCUGAUUCUCUAGAGCAACGUGCGGAGUUUAUUCGUCAGGACAGCUUACGAUCAGAGUAUUUAAGUGAUCGUGAAUCACGUUAUGGAAUUGUACAACAAGCCUCUAUUGAGAGCACCGAUUCGCGCAUGUGCUAUCUCACAUCAUCUGAGAUUUCGGACGAUGAUCGAAUGAGCCUUACUACUGCCGUUUCGGAUGAAGAUGAUGGCGAAAGUGUCAUGGCGUCACCAUAUAAAGCAAAGGCCACUGGCACCGCUGCAUCCUCCUUCAAUUGCACGGGCGCUGUCCGCAAAGCCGGCUUUCUAUCGGUAAAGAAAUGGUUACUACGCAAGAAGCAUCAAAUCGAGCUGGCUCGCAAACGUGGCUGGAAGGGAUAUUGGGUGUGCCUGAAGGGUACCACCCUGCUCUUCUAUCCCUGCGAUUCGCGCGAGGGUCGCAGCGUCGAGGCGGCGCCCAAGCAUUUAAUUAUUGUCGACGGGGCAAUUAUGCAGCCGAUACCGGAGCAUCCGAAACGCGAUUAUAUAUUCUGUCUGAGUACCGCAUUCGGUGAUGCCUAUUUGUUCCAGGCACCCUGUCAGGUGGAACUGGAGAAUUGGGUGAAUAGCAUACACAGCGCCUGUGCCGCCGCAUUCGCACGUCAUCGCGGCAAAACGGGCACACUGCAUUUGCUGCAGGAGGAGAUCUUUCGCCUGGAGAAGGCCAUUGAAUCGGAUCACAAGCUGAAGCACAUGGCUGAGCUGCAGCAAUCAGUUGUCACCGAUCAGGAGACACGACAUCAGAUACAGACACAGAUACUGCAAUGGGAGGAGAAUCUGGAGCGUCUACACUGUGAACAAUUUCGACUACGCUGCUAUAUGGCAUCGCUGCAGAGCGGUGAGCUGCCCAAUCCAAAGUCGCUGCUGACACAUGUGUCACGUCCCACGAAGAACACUUUGAACAAGCUGGGUGUUUUUACGGUCUCCUCGUUUCACGCCUUCAUCUGUGCCCGGUCGCCCUCAUUGCUCAAUAAUCUGCUGGCUGGACGUGGGGCGACCAAACGUCGACCUCCGAUGUUGUCUCGCUCGAAUAGCGGUUCGAGUCGUCGUUCCAUGCAGAUGAAUUCACGUGACGAGCCGGAAAAAACCUUCAAAGUUGCAAUGCCCGACAAUGCUUACUCGACAGUUUAUCUACGUGACGCGAUGUCUGUGGAGGAGUUCCUUGCCAGCGCCUGCGCCCGUCGCUCCCUCAAUCCCAUGGAGCACUUUGUGCGCGUCAAGAAGCGACGUGACAUGGAGGAUCACAAUUACUUUGUGCCACAUCGCAAUGAUCUGAUUGAAAAUUAUCUACAUAAUCACGAGUUCGUCGAGGUCUGCAUGAAAAUACUGUACCAGGUGGAGCUGCAACGCACCACCCUGGAGCAAAUGUGGGGAUUCUCCGUUGAGGCGGAGCUGAUCGAGAAUGCCGAGCGACAGGACGAGCUUUGUUGUUAUGUCAGUCGCGUCGAGGACAAGAGCGUCGCCAUGCACAAUGGCAUUAUCAAAGGAGACGAAAUAAUGGUCAUCAAUGGUGCGAUUGUAUCUGAUCUAGAUAUGAUGUACUUGGAAAGUGUUCUGCAGGAGGAGCAAUCCCUUAGCAUGAUGAUGCGUUCAUCGCGCACUGAGCCGCCAGAUCUAGUUGGCAUCAUGCGUGUCACGGAUGACAUGAUUGACUCCCUGGUGUGCCCCCCGCCGCCCACAGAUCCCCCAGUGAUGAGUGAGGAGAUGAUAACUGGACUGAUUGUGCCAGCGCCCGGUUGGAAUGGCACUGGCAAGGAUUUGUAUUCACCGGAGGCGGAAAGUUCGCCGGCGCCUUCAUUUAUGGAGCCCACUGUAUCGCAAUUGUCUGUGGGCGUGGGCGGUGUCUCGGCACUGGGCGUGGCAAAGCCCACUUCGCGUACGAGCAGCUUUGAAAUUGAGAAUCUGCUCAAAACCGCAGAGCAAGAAACGCGCAAAUCGAGCCCCACGGGUUCAGUCACAUCGUCGGUCUCGACCACAGCUCUGACACCGUCACGCCAACUGACCGACGCCGAGAAGCUGCGCAAAGUCAUCAUGGAGCUGGUGGACACUGAACGCACCUACGUUAAGCACUUGAACAAUCUGCUGGAACAUUAUCUGGAGCCAAUGAAACGGGAAACAUUUCUAUCGAAUGCGGAAAUCAAUGCACUAUUUGGCAACAUUCAUGAGAUUGUCACAUUCCAGCGACAAUUUCUACAAAAUCUCGAAGAGGCGCUCGAGCUUGAGCCCGAAUUCAAUAAAUUUGAGCAUUGUGGUCAGUUUAGGAAUGUUCUAUUUGCAAUUGGAUCCGCUUUUCUCUAUUAUGUCAAUCACUUCAAACUCUACUCAUCGUUCUGUGCCAGUCACAGCAAGGCGCAAAAGGUUCUGCAUCCAAAUGAGGGCAACCAUGCUCUGCAGGAGUUCCUUGCCGCCCGCAAUCCCAAGCAGCAGCACAGCAGCACCUUGGAAUCGUAUCUGAUCAAGCCCAUUCAGCGCAUCCUCAAGUAUCCGCUGCUCCUGCAACAGAUGCGCAAUCUGACAGAUACGCGAGCCGACGAGCAUGUUCAUCUUUGUGAGGCACUCAAGGGCAUGGAGAAGGUGGCGGAGCAUAUUAAUGAAAUGCAACGCAUCCAUGAGGAAUAUGGCGCCAUAUUCGAUCAUCUGUUCCGGCAGCAUCAGAAGUCAUGCAAGCAGCCAAUCGAUUUGAGUCCAGGCGAUUUGCUUUAUUAUGGCGGCGUCGAGUGGCUCAACAUUUCCGAUUUUCUGGGCAAGAUCAAGAAGGGACUCGAACUGCAUGCCAUGUGCUUUGUCUUCAAGUCGGCGGUGGUGUUCCUCUGCAAAGAGCGUUUGCGUCAGAAGAAGAAGCUAAUGGGCGUUUCGAGCAAGAAUGCUCAAAAUGAGGUGGAGAUCAUCCGCUACCAGGUGCUCAUACCGGUGACUGAGGUUCAGGUGCGUGCCAGCUCCGCCAAGGACAUGGAUUCGCACUUCCUCUGGGAGUUGAUACAUCUGCGAUCGCAACUCCAGCGUCGCUCGGAGAAGGUUUAUGUGCUGUCGAACAGCACUGCUGAUUUCCGCAAUGCAUUCCUCAAGACGAUCCGGCAAAUCAUACGUGAAAGUGUGAGGAACAUGUCAAUUCCCAUGAAGAACUUUGGCGGCAGCUCUGGCUCCGUUUCGGGUCUUUCCUCUCAGCUGGGCGGCUAUGCGGGCAACUCUCAGACUCUCGAGAGACCCAAGCAGCAGAUUACAAUCGUGCAUGGCUCGCAUACGUUGGGCAAACCGAAGAAGAAAUCCGGAUCACAGCGUCAUUCGGCGGGCAACAUUGAUUACGACAAUCUGUCGGGCAGCCAGGAGGGCGAUGACCUGCCGCCCACUGUGGGCGUGGUCCACUAUGCACCGCACACACACGCACAACAGCUGCAACAACAGCCGGGCGGCUUUCGCAGUCGCAGCAAGACGCUGGGCGAUGCCACAGAUCCGCAGCAGCCACAGCAACAGCAGCAACAACAACAGCAGCAGCAGCAGCAACAGCAACAGGCAGCUGCACCGCAUCCACAUCCCCAUCCUCGAGAGCCACCGCCACCGCCCAUCAGGCAGCCCCAUUUGCACCAUCACAGCACGGACAUUGAACGCAUCGAUCCGGGCACCAAAUCGGAGGGCGAAGAGGACUCACAACAGGGCACAAUCAGGCCCAAGGCCACGCUGGGCCGCACGCCCAAUCACCUGACACUGAGCACUACAUCGACUCUCUCGGUGGGCAGCACUGGAAGCCAGGCACGCUUGAUACAAUCAUCGCAUCCGCCGGCAAGCUAUCAGCCGGUGCUGAUGAAGGAUCUAGGUAAGAGCAGCGAGUCCGAUCUGGAAUCGGAGUCCGAGGCGCAUGCCGCACAUGUGGCAGCCACAUUUAAUCUAAGUCUAGGCAGUAGCGGUAGUUUGUUUGCCACCACAACAACAAUAACAACAACGGCGAGUAGCGAGCCAAGUCAUAGUCUUCAUUUAACCCACUCACAAUCCCAAUCCCCAUCCCAAUCCCAAGUUCCAAACCCAAAUCAAACCAUGAGACAUUUGUCGCCACGUCAAUCGCCACGUCAAUCACCGAAGCAGGAGAUCGAGGUGAUUGAGAUCUUUGAGAGUGAAGCCGAACGCCUGGCGGCAACUCAACAGGUGGCUGUAGUGCAUCAACAUCCAGCGGGAGUCACCACCAGGGAAUCCCAGCUUAAAAGGCGUGAAAGGGAAGCGAUCGCAAGUGAUCAUGGGCUAAUUGAAACGGAUGCCACUUCGAGGUAUAUGGAUAAGCAUUUAAGUGAACUGGAGCACGAGGAUCUGGCUGGAGGAUCGGGCAGAACCUGUGACAUUGCCGCCUAUAUGGCCAGUCUGCGCGAAAAGUCCUUUGAUCCCGCGGAUAACGGCGAGGAAGCUCAGGAUCAACAGCAAAAUGAUUCCAGUCUCUCGCCAGAGCCGCAAACAAUUGUCGAGAACACUCAGCAAAUUAUCACCGUGGACAUUGAGUCACCCUCCUCACGUCCGGCCACCGAAUCCGACAGCACGGGCAAUACGACAGGCGCCUCGGAGAGAUCGGGUGAUGAAACCGAAGAUGAGCCGACAAGCUCCUUGGCUGCCCACAUUGUGGUCAUUGAUAAGAAGGUGGACAAGGUGUUCAAGGCCAAGGCGCCGGAGAAAGCGCUCACUGGAAAGCCCAAGAGUGGAAAACGUCAGAGCAUCUACAUAUCUCCAGAUCGCUGUAAGUCUCAAGGUAGUUCGCCCGUGAGGAUUAUCAAGAUCAAAUCGCCUAGAAACAGUGUCAGUGAGCAGGGCAAACGGCUGAGCAUCUGUUCGAGUCGGGACAACUCGCAGGAUCGUCUCUCCGGCGGCAGACGCACGCCGAGUCCGCGUCGCAGCUCGGAGGGAGGAGGCGGCAUCUUGAAGCAUACAACAACGGGCGGAGGAGGCGGCAUCUUAAAGCCGCCUGCGAGUCCAGCCAAGUCCAAGAGCCCCGACAGGAGUUGCCUGAAAAAAGGAGGACCCUCGCACAUCUGCAAUGUGGAGGGUGCCACUUUGUCGCCUCGCCUCUCGCCCAGAAGCAGCGUGGAUCAUUUGUCGCCAGAUCGUGGCAGCAGCAGCUGUCAACGGCAUUCUCCACGCAGCAGCUUCGAUAGUCAUGGCUCCUCCGAUCACAAUCUGGAUGUGCCCUAUGGAGGAGCAGGUGGUGGCUCUCGGAAGCGCAGCAUGUCCGCUCAUGGCAGCUUCGAGACGGGACACAAGCCACAGACCCAGGAGACAUAUCAAUACUAUCCGGUCUAUGAUAAUCAAACGUGUAGUGAUCAUUAUGUGGCCGCCGCACCAACUUCGAGUCGCAGUCGCCUCAGCAAAUCCCUGGAGCGUUCCACCUCCAGGGACAGCACCACCACCACCACCAGCUCCAACUAUCGCCCCUAUGGCGUCUCGCCGGAACGCAACUACGUGGUCUACAGCUCGGGACCGCUGCGUUCCCAGUCGGCGGAGAAUACGUUCUCCUCGCAGCCCAUCUAUGAUGCACUGCCUCGACAGGCGCCUCAGCAGUAUAUGCCCAUGGUUAGCUAUAUGCAGGACAUGGACAUGGACAUGGGCUAUGCUCCCCCACCCAGCUGUCCCCAUGAGCCGGCACAGCAGUCCGGCUAUCAGCUGAGCUCCUCCGCUCCCGAGUACACCACAUGCAUUGACUGUCUCUACCAGAAGAGACCCUCCUAGCAUAAGUCCCGCGUGCGGCAAAGUCGCACGCGGAAGAAGACGCCAAGGGGAAUGGGAAUGACAGGAAUGGGAGGAAUGGGAGGCAUGGUGGUCAGCACACAGCCCACAGCGAGUGGAGGCAUGGGAUACAUGCAGGAUGUGGGCGAGGAUCAGGCAGGAGGAUGUGUAGAUUGCCAUGAUUACUUCGAGAUACAUGUCUAAGAA